AGCCAACCAAAUGCUUAACUAAGGAAGAUCGCCGAGACGUUAUCGUCUGCCUAAACAUUGAAGUCACGUCCUAGUAAUUUAGUAAAGUCAAGCAUUUCUCCACGUGCUUGACAAUCGCUUCCUCCUCCUCUAUAUAAAGCUACCCCACCCAUAUCAACGAGUGUCUACAUUCGUUGAUAAAAAUGGCGAUAUGUGGAGGAAUUACCGAAGUUAAGGAGAUCAGCCCGGAGAUCGACAGUCUCGCUCGUUUCGCCGUCGAUGAGCACAACAAGAAACAGAAUACACUUCUGGGGUUUGGGAAGGUGCUGAAAGCGAAAAAGCAGGUGGUUGCUGGAAUGAACUACUUUAUAACACUGGAGGCAACAGAUGGAGGGAAGAAGAAAUUUUAUGAAGCCAAGAUUUGGGAGAAGUCAUGGGAGAACUUCAAGGAGUUGGUGGAGUUCAAGCUCAUCGAGGAUGCCCCUUCAGGCUCUAGUGCUUAGCUAGGUGAAUGAAGAUCAGAUGCAUCUUGCUUUGCUUCAAGUUGAAUUAGAAGUAAAUAUGAGCAUUGAAGGCAUGUUCCUAUGAAAUAAAUGUAAAUAAAUCUUAUCUUGAUCGGAUUCUGAGCCUUCUAUAUGUAAUUCAGGAUCUGGUGGAUUCAUCUUUCUUUGUGACAGUAUUAUUAACUCUUUGAAUA